AUGCUCCUCUCUCUUCCUGUCCAACCUCUCAGACUACGGCACCUCAAGAGUCACCAGUUGCUCGUGCAGGUCCAGAAGUACUGGGAGGCAAAGAAAAAGUCGCGUGCAGAUGAAGAGUGCCGGUUCUGCGAUGCAGCGCGAGACUCCGCUGAAAUUUUAGAACAGGAGCAUCUUGAGUCAGAUACUGCACUCCGAGAGUAUCAGCGGUAUUGCGCCAUGACAAGCUCUGUCCACUCUUUAACGACCUGGAACAACAAUACCCUCUUGCAGCUUACAACCAAGAAUCACCCAAAUGUGUGGCAGUUUUGUGCUACAGAUAGCGCUUCCUAUCAAAGCACAUGUCUCUACAAUGAUAUAUUCAGCUCCUUUUACAGUUCUUUCGCCAUUUUAUUCAAUGCUUGCUGUGCACAGGCCUCUGCUGGCACUGGUCCCUUAAACGCCGUUCUUCCUCACAAGAGAUUCCUGUUCAAAACUAUUCUUGAGCUUUCUAGCAUUAUCCGUGACUCCUUUGCAUGCUACCUCCCCGAUGAGCUUUUGAGCACCGAACUCGCCCGCUGCCUCCACAGCGACGCAUUUGAUGCUCUGUUUUCUCUUGUUGACCUUUCGAUGAUAGAGCUACUACUUGCAAUUGACAUUGAUAGGAUUGAACAAGGCGGUCCUUCAGAUAUGCAAAGCUUUUUGUCCGUUACUUUUCUCUACACAGAUAUAUCUACCUCUUUGCAACAGCAGCUCUUGAGCAUCCACGACAAAGAUCCUAUCUUCCUUGCUAUUCAGCAGGAUCUUGCUGUUCGAACACCACUUUUUCUUGCAUAUACCUACUGUUCCUUUGCGAAAGCAAUGAUGACAUCAGACAGUCUGCCGUUGGCAGGUACAUAUGCACAAAAAGCGUACAGCUUCCUGGAGCGGUUCCCCUCCAAGAACAGUGCACCCACCGCUACGAUAGAUCCAAAUCUGGUAUCGCCGCCAGAAGAUAUCAGAUUGUUUGUCCAGCGCUUGCGGAGUGAGAUUAACGAAAUCGUAGAAAGGUGUGGCACAACAGAAUUAGCGGACGUGCCAUCUCCCCCGCCUCUGUCUAUAGAGCGUGUUCGUGAGAUGCUGCUGGCAGACGAUGCAGACUAUGAAGUACUCGAGCACUAUCGACUUCUUCUAAGCUGGGAUCACGAGAAGAAACGACUUGUAUUCACACCGCCUAUGAAGGACUCCACUGGAUCGUUCGACAUGGAAGGUGAUGACAUUGAUUUUGAGAGCAUGCAAGGAGGCUCUCGGUCUAUCCAAAAGGGGCUUGACUUAGAUAACGAGGACCUUCCAGACUUUAAAUCAAACCCCUCCGAGCCCACUGAUAAGCAGGAGUCUGCUGGUUUGGAUGCAGAAGAGAAAGCUGUGGAGGACCCAUCUUCGGAUGCUCAUCAUUCGGACCGGGCUUCGUCCAAAAGCUCUCAACCAUCUAUGGUGUACAUCGAACAUACGCCGACCAUGAAUGGGCUCUCAGUGAAAGGAGAGCACUCUCUGGAUGUGAUGGAGACCCCGUCAAUAGAGCUACCCACCCUUGCUAUUGAAAAGCCAAGCAAAAUACCAACUCCCACCUUUACGAGCAGUUAUGUUGACCGCAUGGCCACAGAGGAUAUUCCUUCGGAUCCUACAUACAAAACAAAGCUACCUGCACUGGAAGGCAUGCCGCUCCCCAGGUCUAUGCCUGCUGUUAUCAAGCCAGAGUGCUGCGAUAAGCGAGAUAACCUCGAUCCCUCGCUACCCCUUGAUCUCUUGUCAGAUAGCUCCAGUUCCUUACCAUUUAAUUACGAAUCCAAGCCAACGGAGAGUGAUGUCCUAGAUGUACCUCCUGCACCAGCUCAGCCUUCAGUAAUGUCGACAUUUGAUCAUGGAGAUCUCCAUACUCCAGAAGACCAGGAGAAGGUGAGCGCGAAAGAGAGCUCGCAGCAUCCUGCUGAAGCGCUACAGUCACACGAUUUGCAGGAUACACACAAGCCUUCGGGCGACCCAGAGGAGGCCUCUCACGAGCUCUAUCUUGGAGCGCCUUCAGAUGUCGUGGCCAUUGAUCGGGAUGCGGUCUUUCCAAACGACUCUCCUUCUGUUGAGAAUUGUCCGCCAUCGACAGACAAGCUCUCUGGAGACGAUGACCUUGACAGUAUGACCACUAAAGACUUGAUAUGCAGUAACGGUGUACAUGAUUCGUUUGAGCACGAUUCUAUGGAAGAAAAGGAGCCAGAAGAUGAUGGCAACAGACCGACAGCUUUACUCGAUGAGAUUGCAAUUGGCAUGCAACAAUCGACGCAGAGCGGAUGUUUCAUGGAUAACUCCUCCAGGAUAACUGAACCGGUGCGAGAGACAGAGCUAGAACUAGACAUGAUCGUCAAUGAAAUGAAUAUCGCGCAGAGUGACGACUCUCUGAAGAUAAGCUCACAUACCAGCAUUCAUAGUAGUGGGAAUGAGCCUGCAAUUUCACGGGUGUCUCCCAGCUUGGUUAAGCCUGGCUCAGCGGUUACAUUAUCUGCGCCGCCUAACGUUAAUUCAUCAACAGUUGCAGUCGAUGUCAAUGCAGUGUUAGCAGAAAAGAUAAACCCAGAGGAGGCCAUGAAUGUAGCCGCGCCGGUGUUUAUGGCAAACAUGCGCUCCACUUCAUUAGGGCCCACGUCAACCUUGAUAGAGAACGCGCUGUCGUACUGCGAAGAGGUUUCCCUUCACCACUCUGUCACUUCGAGCAACGUUAACAAUAUAGUUCUUUCCAUUGGUUCUGGUGCCAGUUUCUCCACGUCUGCUGAUUCUAUUAAGAAGUUUCUGUCUGAUUCUCAGACAAGCCUGGGGAUGAAUCAAUCCGUCUCUCUUGGUCACAGUUACAUUGACAAAGCACGCAUACGCACAAGACUUCGUCUUCUACAAUCGCGUGCCGAGCGAGCAAUUCUCAUUGCCCUGCUAAUUACCUUUGUAAUAGCAAUAGUAUGCACACUAUAA